GGGUGCGGUCUGCGCAUGCGCGUUGUCUCCCACCGUGUGGGGGCGCUCGCCUUCCCCCGCGUCCCAAGAUGGCGGCGGCCAUGCCCGGAGCCGCGGGUGUCGAUGCGCAGGGAGCGGCCGGGCCUCGCCUCGGGCUCUGAAUUCCCCCCCUCGCCUCCAACCCUGACCCGGGCAGCGGCUUCUAGAGGUGGAGGGGGGGGCAAAGUGCUUCGUCCCAGUAUGGAAGGGCCCGGUGUGGCGACGGGGGGUGGUGGGGGCACCAAUGUCCCCGCCUUCCUGACGAAGCUGUGGACGCUGGUGGAGGAUCCAGACACCGACCCGCUGAUCUGCUGGAGCCCGAGUGGAAACAGCUUCCAUGUGUUCGACCAAGGCCAAUUUGCCAAGGAGGUGCUUCCCAAGUACUUCAAACACAACAACAUGGCCAGCUUCGUGCGGCAGCUCAACAUGUAUGGCUUCCGAAAGGUUGUCCACAUUGAGCAAGGAGGAUUGGUGAAGCCAGAAAAAGACGAUACUGAAUUCCAGCAUCCAUACUUCAUCCGAGGCCAGGAACAUCUCCUGGAGAACAUCAAGAGGAAAGUAACCAGCGUAUCCAACAUAAAGAAUGAGGAUAUAAAGGUUCGGCAAGACAAUGUCACCAAGCUGCUGACUGACAUCCAGGUGAUGAAGGGCAAGCAGGAAACCAUGGACUCCAAGCUGUUGGCCAUGAAGCACGAGAACGAAGCACUGUGGCGGGAGGUGGCCAGCCUGCGGCAGAAGCACGCGCAGCAACAGAAAGUGGUCAAUAAGCUUAUCCAGUUUUUGAUUUCCUUGGUGCAAUCCAACCGUAUCCUUGGGGUGAAGAGGAAGAUCCCCCUGAUGUUGAAUGACAGCAGUUCAGCACAUUCCAUGCCGAAAUACAGUCGCCAGUACUCCCUGGAGCACGUCCAUGGCUCAUCCCCGUACGCAGCUUCUUCCCCAGCAUACAGUGGCUCCAACCUCUAUUCCCCGGACUCUUCGGCCACCUCCGGUCCCAUCAUUUCCGACGUGACAGAGCUCGCCCAGUCCAGCCCUUCAGCAUCUCCCAGCGGCAGUCUCGAUGAAAGGAUCAGCCCCGUAGUCCGCAUCAAAGAAGAACCCCCCAGCCCUACCCGUAGCCCCCCGGCCGAGGAGCCCACCCCAGGGAACCCUCCCAACGCCGAAACUCCUCUCUUUCCCUCCACGUUCAUCAACUCCAUCCUGCAGGAGAACGAUCCCAGCGCCAAUCCCGCCGCAGCCGACGACGGCACUGCGCAGCCUCCGCCCCAGGAAAAGUGCCUCAGCGUUGCUUGCCUCGACAAUUUGACUCGUGCUUCGCAGAUGUCGGAGGUCUCUCGGCUUUGCCCCAGCUCCUCCUCUUCCUCCCUGCAGUGCCGAUCGCAGCAAGGGAACGAACUCAACGACCACCUGGACACCAUCGAUUCCAACCUGGAUAACCUCCAAACGAUGCUGACCACGCACGGCUUCAGCGUUGACACGAGCGCUCUUCUAGAUCUCUUUAGCCCCUCCGUGACGGUUACAGACAUGAACCUUCCUGACCUGGACAGCAGCCUUGCCAGCAUUCAGGAUCUCAUUUCAUCCCAGGAACAGCAGAAGCUUGCAGAGACGGAAGCUGGCACGGCGGACACAGGGAAGCAGCUGGUGCACUACACGGCCCAGCCCCUCUUCCUGGUGGACUCGAGCGCCGUCGACAUGGGCAGCGGUGACCUCCCCAUCUUCUUCGAGCUGGGCGAAGGACCCUAUUUCACGGACGGGGACGAGUACUCAGAAGAUCCCACCAUCUCCCUCUUGUCGGGGACUGAAUCCAAACCCAAGGACCCUGCGAUAUCCUAAGGGUGGGAAAAGAAA